AUCUAAUAUGUUAAAUGAGCAUAUUCAAGUAUUAGAAAGAAAAAGACGAAAUGCGGACGAUUAUGGAGAAGGAUUAUCAACUCCGCCAACUAAGAUCAGAACAAUCAACUCUCUACCAUGUGACAAAGAGGAUUUCUCGUCAGACUCCGACUCUGAGAUUAUACCAGUUUCUCUUACGAACAUCUUUCUUGAAACUUCUGUCGAGCUUGAGAGGAUUCCAGACCAGACAGCCGAAUCGGAUGCACCUCGCACUCCCCUUCCCCGUCAAGCUCAAAUUCAGUUUAAUAGUGAGGACAACGAUUUACAUUAUCAAUAUGAGAACGAGAAUGCAUCAGCCGAGGUUCAAGACCUCAUCGCAAAGAUGGAAAAUGUAGAUCAUCGUCUUUUUGAAUAUCGUAUUGUCAACCUCUCCGAAAAAAGUCUCGUAGACCCAAUAAAUAAAGUCUUUUCGGAUGAUGAUAAAAAAAGAAUGAGAAAAUUCUGGGAAGAAAUGGAGCCAUCGGCCGAAGAGAAUCAGAAUACAUUGCGUCGACCUAGAUGGGAAAAGAGUAUAAAGCCUCUAAUUGACAAGUAUGCGCUUGCUGUUAAGAUGAAGCCAGAAUUUGUUUUUGAUGAUUAUGUGAAGCCACCAUCAACAAAAAUUAUCUUCGAAAUACCAUUCGAAGGCGAGUUUGAUUUCAAAAAACAUUAUGACAUGUUAUGGGUACAAGAUAUCUAUCAGCGAUUUAUUUUCUUGUUCGCCUCUUCUUUUAACAUGCUUCGCGAUGCAAAUACAUUGGAGAUAGCUUACAGAGAAUCAUUUGUUAAUCCUAUAAUUCCCAAGGCAUUCGAGGAUAUGAACGACAAGAUCAGGUUCCAAAC